GAGAAUUCGAGGCAGCGCCCACCCGUUCCCCCCCGCUCGCCCCGCACCCAGCCCCUCCACGGAGGAAAGGACUUGCCCGAGCCCCGGAGCACUCCGGAGGGAGAAGCCGCCCCGCCGCCGCCGCCGACACCGAAGCCACCUGGAGCCCAAGGCUGUCCACUGCACACCCCCCGCCCCUGCCCUCGGCUCGAGCCCUGAGCUGACUCCGCGCGGGCCCGGACCAUGCAGCUGGAGAUCAAAGUCGCCCUCAACUUCAUCAUCUCCUACUUGUACAACAAGCUGCCCCGGCGCCGGGCAGACCUGUUUGGGGAAGAGCUGGAGCGCCUCCUGAAGAAGAAAUACGAGGGCCACUGGUACCCCAACAGGCCGCUGAAGGGCUCCGGCUUCCGCUGCGUCCACAUCGGGGAGCUGGUGGACCCCGUGGUGGAGCUGGCCGCCAAGCGCAGCGGCCUGGCCGUGGAGGACGUGCGCGCCAACGUGCCCGAGGAGCUGAGCGUCUGGAUCGACCCGUUCGAGGUGUCCUACCAGAUCGGGGAGAAGGGCGCCGUGAAGGUGCUGUACCUGGACGCCGGCGAGGGCGGGGCCGCCCCGGAGCUGGACAAGGAGAUGAAGAGCAGCUUCAACCCCGACGCCCAGGUCUUCGUGCCCAUCGGCAGCCAGGACGGCUCCCUGUCCAGCUCGCCGUCGCCGGCCUUGGGCCAGUCCCCCAGCCCCACCUUCAUCCCCCGCUCCGCGCAGCCCAUCACCUUCACCACCGCCUCCUUCGCCGCCACCAAGUUCGGCUCCACCAAGAUGAAGAAGGGGGGUGGGGCGGCGGGUGCCGGCGGGGGGAGCGGCCCGCAGCCCCCGCCGCCGCCCCCGCGCCUGGCCCGCUCGCCCACCGGCAGCCUGCUGCGGCACAAGGGCGUCUCCCUGUCGGUGCACUCGCUGAACUUCAUCUCGGCCGCGCCGGCCCCGCAGUCCCAGCUGUCGCCCAACGCCAAGGAGUUCGUGUACAGCGGCGGCAGCUCGCCCAGCCUCUUCUUCGACGGUGCCACCGCCGCCGAUGGCCAGGGGGGCAGCCCGGCGCCCUUGGGGGGCAGCGGGGCCGGGCCCGGCGGCAGCAGCAGCAGCAGCAGCGGCGGCGGCGGCAGCGGCGGCAGCUUCGACGUGGCCCAGGUGCUGGGGGGCGGCUCGGGCAGCCUCUUCCUGGAGAAGUCGCCCUUCGUGGAGGGCCUGAGCUACAACCUGAGCGCCAUGCAGUACCCCAGCCAGCCCUUCCAGCCCGUCGUGCUGGCCAACUGACCGGCGGCCCGGCGGCCCCCCGAGACCACAGCACAGGAGGGGAGAGGCCAGAAAAGGAGCAGAGGGAAACAACGUCACAAAGAGAUCUCCCAUCUCCUCACCACCCCCGUGUCCAGCAGGAAGAGGCGGCCCAGGCACAAGCGGGAGGGCCCCCCCGAACCCCCACCGCCUCCUCCUCGGUUAAUUCAGGUUUAGAUUUCUUUUUUCUUUUUCUUUUUUCUUUCCUUUUCUCCGUGUAGCUUUCGACAUCGCUGGUUAGGGGCUGCCUGUGCCGAGGACGGGCGGGGCAGAUGCGCGCCCCCCCCCCCCCCGCCCCUCCCGUGGACGGGAGCGCUGCCCUGUGUCACUGCCUCUGUCCCCUCCUCAGCCGUCCAACCUCAGCAGGCCCCUUCCAGGCCUGCCCCCCCAACACCUACUCCUCUCAGGCCGGCCGGGGUCUCCUGAGGGCGCCCCUCAUCUCUGCCCCUUCUCCCCUGGGCCUGAGGUUGGGACUGGGUGCGACAGACGUGUGAAGGUGUGUGUGUGCGCGUGUCUGUGUGUGUGUGCGCACCCACAGUUGGUUUGCUGUCCUGUUUUAAAGGAUUCCAAGCCAUGUGAAACCUGACCCCUGGGUAUGACUCCAAGUCGUAGCAAGUGCUCCUUUGUGUCUGGGGUUGAGGGCUGGAGUGGGGGGGGGGUCACACGGUGGCCGGUGGCUGGGGUCACGCCCAGGGAGGCCCCGCACAGGGAGCUGGUGCACUUGUUUGUUUUUGACCAAAAAGAGGGGGGCGGGGGCUGCCGCAGCCUCGGAUGCAAAGGAAAGGCCCCUCACUUAGCCCCCAGGGUUUUGGGGGUCCGCACUGGAGCUGGCAGAAUCUGAAGCACCAGCCGGGACAGGGGAGGGUCCCCGGGGUGUAGAUAUGUGAAUGUCCCUGUCUGCUUGAGUACUCAGCACCCCCAGCCCCUGUCACCUGCCCAGCACACCUUGGGCGCGAGGGGCGGGGCUGGCGGGCCAGGAUUCCUGCCCCUAGUGGGUUCCUGGCCCCCGCCCCCCCCCCGGAAGGUAUCAACGCCCUCGGCAGCCCAGCUCCCCCCAAAACCCGCGUGAGCAACUGCUGUGGCAGCGGGUCCCACCCAGAUGGGCACUGCCAGCCUUGCAGGGGAGCCAGCCCUACCUCCCUCCGCCCGAGGGGCAUUGUCCUGGCUUCUGGCCCCCUCCCCCCAGCCUCAUCCCACCCAGGCAGCUGCUCGGGGCAGGCUGGAUGCUGCCUUAUGCCCCCCUCCCGCCCCCUCACGAGCGACGGUACCAGCCCCGAGAUCCUGAAAUACCGAAGAAAACUUCAGGAGCGUCUGGGCUCUGGGGCUCGGUUCAGUCUGUCUCGUCUCAAAUCUAGGCAUUUUUGCUUCGGUUUUAUUUUUUAAGAAAACAGAAAGGAGAAUCUGCACUAAUUUACCUGGUUUCGUAGGACAACCUUUUUUUUUUUUUUCUUUUUUGGUUUCUUUUUUACAUUUUUUGGUGUCCGUUUGUAUUGAAUAAUUUGCUACAUUUGUAAAAUGUAAGAAGUAUAUAUAAUAUAUGUAUAUUUCUAACGUAAAAGAAGUAAUUUUUUUUCUUUCAAGAUUUUUUCUUAAAAAAGUGGAGAGUAAGAUAUUUUUUCAGGAAAAACAAACUUUAAAAUAAAAAAAAGAGGAGACUCAAACAACACCUUUUCUCCUUCUCCCCACCCCCCUUCCCAGGAACAAAUGCAAGGCGUAGCGUUCGAGAAGGAUGGACAUUUUAGUUCAGAGGGAUGAAUUCUCGAUGCCGUGAGCUGGAGGCUCUAAGCCUGGCCCCCGAGAUGGGGGCGGCCGCGAGGCGCCACGCAGAGGAAAAUGGGGGUUCGGGGGGGCCCAGCUCACGAGCUGCUUUUCUUUAGUGCCGGAAGAAGAUAGCCGAGCAUUUCGUACUCAGGAUGUCGUGCAAUAUUUCAGAAUGGGACAUUGGUGUGUCUAGAGACGUAGUUUAAAAGCAGAACAAAAAAAGAUUGAUCAAAUCUGUACAGUUUAUAUUGUUCCAGAUUUUUUUAAGUUUGUAUUAAAAGCAUGAUAUAUAAUAGUC